CCGGAAACUGCUUUACCGGCAUGAAAACUGACGGAGCUGCCUAUGUUCGCGAACAUAAUCCCUUCAUCUCGAUGAAGAACAUAAGCAACAACAGCACACGCUGUGCAAACAUCGUAAACGCCGAUCAAUUUGAAGUUGACCUCGCAUCAAACGACCUUCCGCAAUUCGUGUUCUAUGUACCCGACAGGUUCAAUGAUGCUCACGAAACCAAUCUUACGCAUGCGACGAGUUGGUUCCAGCCGUGGUUUGACGACAAGCUUCAGAACGUAAAUUUCACCGCCAACACAUUGUCUCUUGUUGUUUUUGAUGAGUCACAUGGUUACGGCGUUAACCAUAUUUAUGCUAGUCUCAUUGGAAGUCCUGUGACAUCAGGCGCUAAUGAAGAUACUACAAACUAUACUCACUAUUCGUUCACAAAGACGGUUGAAGAAAAUUGGAGUUUGGGAAAUUUGGGCAGAAACGAUGUUAAUGCAGAACCAUUUAGUAAAUUCCUUCGAGUAAAUAACAUCAAUAACAUUACAUCAACGUCAUCAGUUGAGAGUUUGAUGGCAAAAAUGUUAGAUUACAUGCGUUCGAAUUUAUACUUUAAUCAUGACAUUGAGAAAACGGCUGUAAUGGGAGUUAUUGUAUCUUUUACUUUGCACAGACAAUAA